ACUCUUCGUCACUCAGCAAGAUGGAUAAGACAUUUAUAUCCUUUUUAAUUAUUUCCAUCGCUUUAGGCGUUUUAGGAGAUUCCUCUUAUUACAGCUCAUUUUAUGGACUAGUUCUAAAUUCCACUCAAGUGGCUGAGUAUACUGCGAACAGUACGCUUGCAAACUGCACUAUUCUAGUCGAAGCCUGCAACUCCACCGAAGGAAGACGCAUUGAUGGGACCUGUAACAACUUAAACCACCCUUCAUACGGUGGUACUCGCACACCCUACUACAGGAUAUUAUCAGCGUCCUAUUACAAACCUUCUAAAUCAGAAUUCGAGCCCCGUCACGCUGUAGGAGGUGGUAAACUAAGCGUCACUAGGAAAGUGCGUACUACCAUUUAUUCUGAAGGUCGUGUCGAUGACGAAAACCUCUCUAGCAUCAUCAAUCACUUGGCCGUGUUCUUCGCUACUGAUAUUACUAACACUCGGGAUACCACAAACUAUGUGACAUGGAGGCCAUACUGUUGCAAAGAAGCAGGCAAAACCGACUACGCUUGCACUCCCAACAAGGUUCCAUCUGACGACUAUGUCCACCGUUUCUCUGGGAUCCAUUGCUUGAACAUGACAAGGCCUUUGACUUUCCAAACUUCUGGAUGUUUAGCGAAUACUACUACGCCUUUGAGGAUUGUCGACGCCACACCUAUUUUGGACUUGUCUCCUAUAUACGGUAACACGGUGGAGCCAGCCAGACGAACCAACUCCAGUGGACAACUAGUCACCGUGACUGCCAAUAACAGAACUUUCCCCGACACAUCAACCCUCAAACUCCUCCUUGGAAUCAAUUUCGUGGGCAUCAUCCUCUUCUGGAACAAUCACAACUUCAUUGCUUCUGAGCUUGCAACCCUCAAUCCAUGCUGGACUGACGACCAACUGUUCGAGACCGCCAGGGAAAUCAACAUUGCUUAUGGAACUCAAAUGUUUUACUAUGAACUCAUGGCUACUUUGAUGGGUAAAGACAAUUUGAUCAACGAUGGUAUCAUACUGAACGGCACUGGAUUCAGAGACGUUUACAACAGCAGUGUUCUCCCACAAAUAGCAUUGGAGUAUCCUGUCGUUUUGAGAUGGAUGCAUUCGUUGCAGGAUGGAGAGUUGAGAAUGUACUACACCAACGGAACAUAUAAAUCAACCUUCCCAAUUGUGGACCUUACAUCUAAUACCGACUUCUUGAAGGAAAAUAGUACAAUGGAUUAUGUUACCCAAGGCUUCAUCAGACAGCCGACUGGCAACUCUAAGGAUUACAUUGCAGACCCUGAUAUCGUACAAAGAGGUCUCGGAGGUUUACAAAAGUCAAAUGACAUCAUGACAAACGAUUUAGCCAAAAAUCGGUACUUUGGCUUCCAAGGUUACGUCAGCUACAGAAACUAUUGCUUCGGGGACAAUAUCACCAGUUUUGAUAAUUUAACAGACAUCAUUGAUGAAGAGAGGAUAACACAGCUCAAAAGUUUGUACGCGAAUGUAGCCGACGUUGAUCUUCUAGCUGGUAUCUGGGUAGAAAGAAAGAAAGCUGAUUCGUACGUUCCUCCAACGUUCUACUGUAUUGUCGCUGAACAGCUGAAGAGGUCGCUAGUCUCUGAUAGGCAUUGGUAUGAAAGGAGUACCAGACCUAAUGCUUUUACUGCAGCUCAACUAGCAGAAAUAAGGAAAGCGACUGCAGCUCGCAUGCUGUGUGACAUCGGUGCAGGAAUUACCGAGGUGCAACCCAGAGCUUUUGAGUUACCUGGAUCAGAUAACGUGAUUGUGAGCUGCGACGAAAUCCCUGCUCUCAAUUACACCAUGUGGCAAGAUAGUACUUGCACAUAAAGAGAAGAUGGUAUUUUGAACCCAAAAGACCCGUUUGGAGGCCGUCACUGUUUUUGUACUUUAUGCUUUGGUAUUUGUUUUUCUUAUCUGCCUAUAUUUGCAAAAUCCUGUUUGAGUGAUGCAUUUGAUAUCGCAUCUGCUUACUACUGUUACCUAGUUUUACCAAAAAGUCUGUGUUAUGUGUAUUUAGUUAUUUUAUCUGUCCUCUUGGUUCCUUGGCAGUAAAUUCGUUGUUAAGUAUGAGCCAAUAAAUAUAUGAUUUCAAAA